UGAGGGUCCUAUAAGCAGAUUAUCAUUUGAUCGAAUGUGCUUUCCUCUUCACAUGCCUGUGGGUUAAAUGUGUGUUGGAGUGAUAAUUCGAGUCACAUUUAAUAUUUCAUUCUAGCUCUAAGAUGUUUAAAAUCGAGGGACUCGGUCCAAAGAUGGACCCGGAGGAGAUGAAGAAGAAAAUGCGAGAGGACGUCAUCACAUCUGUUCGCAAUUUUUUGAUUUACGUUGCGCUUCUCCGAGUCACACCUUAUGUUUUGAAGAAGCUGGACAGCAUAUGAAACUUCAUCAUGUUUGGAAUCAUUCCCUAUACAGAUGAGCAUGCAGUGCCUGGAUGAUGAUGCUGCUGCUGCUGCUGCUGCUGAUGAUGAUGAUGCUGCACAGAGCCAUUUACCAUGCCAGUGAAUGAAGAGAUGAUGUAACAUUGUGUUAGACUGUAUAUAUUAAAAAAAAAUUAAAAAAAAUAAAUGAUACUGGAUGCAUCUGAAUGUACUUUGUUCCCAGCCAUUCACCAUUGAAAAUCAAGCCUUGUCAACCAGAAUGUAAUAAUGUUCAUUAUGGUCUAAGCAAUAAAUCUUUCAGUUAUACCCA